CUUCAACACCACAUGGAAGAAGAGGCAACCCCUGCCCCCUCCACCGUAACGCCCUCCCUCAAAUAGGUCUUCUUUCUCUCUCUGUAGCCGCCCAUUGUUGCUCCUUCAGCUUCUCUCUCUAGAAUUUGAAGUGGGUUGUUGUGGAUCUUUUAGGUGGGUGUUGGGUUUCAAAUUACCUGAUCUGGGUAGGGUUUGUGGAGAAGCUUGAGAGAAUAGAUGAUGGAGGAGAGUAUUUUGUGUCAGUGGAGCGUGAUUCGAUCCAUUCUCGCCAUUCUUCAAUGGUGGGGCUUCAACGUUACCGUAAUCAUCAUGAACAAAUGGAUCUUUCAGAAACUGGAUUUCAAGUUUCCUUUGUCAGUAUCAUGUAUACACUUCAUAUGUUCAGCUAUUGGUGCCUACCUGGUAAUCAAGGUGCUAAAGCUUAAGCCACUCAUAACGGUUGAACCUGAAGAUCGAUGGAGGAGGAUCUUUCCCAUGUCUUUUGUUUUUUGUAUUAACAUAGUAUUGGGGAAUGUAAGCUUGCGUUACAUUCCUGUUUCUUUUAUGCAAACCAUAAAGUCGUUUACCCCUGCAACAACAGUUAUUUUGCAGUGGCUAGUUUGGAGGAAACACUUUGAUUCGCGAAUAUGGGCUUCACUGGUGCCCAUUGUAGGAGGAAUUCUUCUGACUUCUAUUACUGAGCUUAGCUUCAAUAUGUUUGGAUUUUGUGCUGCCUUAUUCGGUUGUCUUGCUACUUCUACGAAGACUAUCCUUGCUGAGUCUCUGCUGCAUGGCUACAAGUUUGACAGCAUAAACACAGUGUACUACAUGGCACCUUAUGCGACUAUGAUCUUGGCAGUGCCAGCACUAUUGCUUGAAGGAGCUGGGAUUAUGUUAUGGUUUCAAACACACACGUCUCUUCUUUCACCCCUCAUUAUUAUUUUUGGCUCUGGAGUGUUGGCUUUCUGCCUGAAUUUCUCAAUCUUUUAUGUGAUUCAUUCUACAACUGCUGUCACGUUUAAUGUUGCUGGAAAUCUCAAGGUUGCAGUUGCAGUUACAUGUUCAUGGUUGAUAUUCAGAAACCCAAUCUCGGCUUUGAAUGCAUUUGGAUGUGCAGUGACACUUUUGGGAUGCACGUUUUAUGGGUAUGUGAGGCACAAGCUAUCCCAACAGGCACCAGGAACUCCUCGUACGCCCCGGACUCCCCGGAACCUGAAGGAGCUGAUUCCUCUUGUAAACGAUAAGUUAGAUGAUAAGAUUUGAUUCAGUAGUCAUAUUUAUUAUACAUGGGGUUCCCUUGCAAUUCGAGAGAUGGGUUGUAGGACAAACAUAUAAGAAACAUUCCACCUCUUUGCUAUGUGAACUUCUAUUAGAUCAAUCAAAAAAUUAUAAUAUUCUCUCUC